ACCCCGCCGAAUGCAAUGGGGGAGGAAGGAGAGACGCAAGAAAGGGAGGGGUCCCCCAGAUAAGCCGGGCGGCCCACCCGCUUCGGGCCCCUACCCAUAGCCCUGGGCUUCACCAACAGACACCUCGCGGUUUCAGCCAGAGGGAUCUGGCGCCUGGGCUUGGGGGCUGCGUGCGACGUCACAUGCUCUACGUGACAUCAGAGUGAAGGCCGUGACAUCACCUCGAAAAUGCCGACGGGCGCCCUGGGGCCUCGGAGGGGCCACGUGAGCCCUUAUGGCCUCAGAGUACCCCCCAUCUCGACCGGACCGGCCCCCAGCCGGGCCGUUUACUCUCUGCCGAGCGGGGGACGUGGGGGAAGGGCAGGGGUCUGGGGUCUGGAACGCUUCCCCGAGCCCGGAGCUGAGCCGCGGCCUCCCGCCGCCACAGGGGUCGCCGCCUGGGCGGGUCAGCGGGCCCGCGGCCUCUUGCGUGUCCUGCCCCUGACCGCAGCUGCCCGGCCUCCAACUCGCGGGAAAAGAAAGCUUCAUUGAGACAGCCAGGAGUCCCAGCACUGAUCUCGAGGACCAGGACUCUUCUCCCAGCCCCGAACUAGGACCUCCGCUCAGCUAAAGGUAGGGAAGUCAAGCUGCCGGCAAGAGGAAGGGGAGUUGCUGAUGGAAAGGAUGGUGGAGGGACCGGGCAAAGGAGUGAUGUGGGAUGAAGUCGAGGGGAAACUGUGAGGGUUUUAUUAUUGCCAAAGAAGUGUGAGACAAGAGGAGUGUAGAGAGGAGACAGAUAUUUGUGGGGGGCGGGAGCGGGGAGGGCAGCUGCAGGGUUUUCCAAAUAGGGCAGUCGGGAGGGCCCUAAAGCUGGGGACUCCUCUGUGAGGCCCUACCCCUGGGCCCUCAAGCCAAAAUGUCCUCAGAACAAAGCUGUCCUGUUGGGUUGUUUGUCUGAGGCCGGAGGAAGCAUGCUGGGGGGGCUUGCUGUAGAGGGGCUGUUUUCAGCCCCAGACAGAGGGAAGGCCUUGGCUGAGGAGUUGAGGGUGCCCUGGCCUCUGGUUGCCCAGUGACAGUGGUGGCCAUGUUGGCAGGAGGCUUGGACAAUCCUACAAUUCUACCCUAUCCCACCCCCACCAACCCAGCUUGAGACCUGGCCCUCCCAGGCCCCUUGACUAUGCAGUGCCUGUGAGAGCCUGUGUGCUGGGGAGGAUAUGGAGCUGGCUUUCCGCACAUUCAGGUCUCUGCCCUCUCUGCCCUCUCUGCCUCAGAAUCUGCCCAGAUAGGACUUUGGGCUUGGCUCCCAUUCAGGGGACUUUAGAUCCAAGGGUCUCCUUGCCUGCCUCUCUCCACAAUCAGCUGUCUGUCCUCCGAUUAGCUGAAUGGGGUCAUCUGGGUCCCUCCUACCUCUGCUUCUUGGCUCCUGUCGGUUGCUCUCCUCCUCACCUGUUGCCUCUCUGGGUUGCUCCCCAAUUCUGUGUGCCUGGCUCUCUCUCAAUCACCUUUUGUCCAUCUUCAUCGUUGUCUCUCUGCUGUCUCUGUUUGGCCCCCUUUCAUUCCCACAGUUUCCCUUCUUUUCACAUCCUGUCUGUCUGGGUCCUCUUCUUUGUGUGUUUCUUGUUCGGUCUCUAUCUUUUUAUCCCAAGCAUCCUCUGGCUCGGGGUCUCUAAUCACUGUUUUUUUGAUCUCAGAGUCUCAUACAUUAGUGAAUAGAGGUAAUGGAGGUGAUGAUGGCAGAACUAGGGAAGGUCAUUGUGACACAUAACUAAUACUGAGAAUUUUACUCUUUACGACAGGGAGGGAAAGCCUCUCUCUCUGUCUCUAUGUCUAUCUUUUUCUCUCUUUUCUCCCUCUCCUUCUCCUUCUCUUACUCUCUCUCUUUCUCUUACUCUCUCCCUCCCCUUCUCUCUCCCCCUUCCCAAUCUGAAUCUCUCAAACUGCGCCUCUUGACUCAGUGUUUCAGCCCCUAUCUAGUGUGCAUUUCUCUCACUGCCUCUCUUAGUCCCUGGGUGCUUCUCUUUCUCUCACACGCCCUCUGUCUCUGGUCUUACUCAGUGUCUCUUUUCCUCUCAUGACCUCUCUCUUGGACCUGAGCCUGGCUCAAUCUCAGUGUCUCUCACACACUCUCUCUCUCCGGGGCACCCAGGCCUUCCCUGCCAUGGGACCUGUCAGUGUCUGGCAGUGGAGCCCCUGGGGGCUGCUGCUGUGCCUGCUCUGCAGUUCAUGCCUGGGAUCUCCAUCUCCAUCCCCAUCCAUGGGCCCUGAGAAGAGGGCCGGGAGCCAGGGGCUGCGGUUCCGGCUGGCCGGCUUCCCCAGAAAGCCCUUCGAGGGCCGUGUGGAGAUACAGCGAGCUGGUGAAUGGGGCACCAUCUGUGAUGAUGACUUCACGCUACAGGCUGCCCAUGUUCUCUGCCGGGAGCUGGGCUUCACAGAAGCCACAGGCUGGACCCACAGCGCCAAAUAUGGCCCUGGAACAGGCCGCAUCUGGCUGGACAAUCUGAGCUGCAGUGGGACUGAGCAGAGUGUGACCGAAUGUGCCUCCAGGGGCUGGGGAAACAGUGACUGUACCCACGAUGAGGACGCCGGAGUCAUCUGCAAAGACCAGCGCCUCCCUGGCUUCUCCGACUCCAAUGUCAUUGAGGUAGAGCAUCACCUGCAAGUGGAGGAGGUGCGCCUUCGACCAGCGGUUGGGUGGGGCAGGCGACCCCUGCCGGUGACUGAGGGACUGGUCGAAGUCAGGCUUCCCGAUGGCUGGUCGAAAGUGUGUGACCAAAGCUGGAGUGCCCACAACAGCCACGUGGUCUGCGGCAUGUUAGGCUUCCCCAGCGAAAAGAGGGUCAACGCGGCUUUCUACAGGCUGCUGGCCCAGCGGCAGCAACACUCCUUUGGUCUGCAUGGGGUGGCGUGCGUGGGCACGGAGGCCCACCUCUCCCUCUGCACCUUGGAGUUCUAUCGUGCCAAUGACACCACCAGGUGCCCUGGGGGGGCCCCUGCGGUGGUGAGCUGUGUGCCAGGUCCUCUCUACGCAGCAUCCAGUGGCCAGAAGAAGCAACAACAGUCGAAGCCUCAGGGGGAGGCCCGAGUGCGUCUAAAGGGUGGGGCCCACCCUGGAGAGGGCCGGGUGGAAGUCCUGAAGGCUGGCACGUGGGGCACUGUCUGUGACCGCAAAUGGGACCUACAGGCAGCCAGCGUGGUGUGUCGGGAGCUGGGCUUCGGGAGUGCUCGAGAGGCUCUGAGUGGUGCCCGCAUGGGGCAGGGCAUGGGUGCCAUCCACUUGAGUGAAGUUCGAUGCUCUGGACAGGAAUCCUCCCUCUGGAAGUGCCCCCACAAGAACAUCACAGCUGAGGACUGUUCCCAUGGCCAGGAUGCUGGGGUCCGAUGCAACCUGCCCUACACUGGGGUAGAGACCAAGAUCCGACUCAGUGGGGGCCGCAGCCGACAUGAGGGGCGAGUAGAGGUGCAAAUAGGGGGACCUGGACCCCUUCGCUGGGGCCUCAUCUGUGGGGAUGACUGGGGCACGCUGGAAGCCAUGGUGGCCUGUAGGCAACUUGGACUGGGCUAUGCCAACCAUGGCCUGCAGGAGACCUGGUACUGGGACUCAGGGAAUAUAACAGAGGUGGUGAUGAGUGGAGUACGCUGCACAGGGACCGAGAUGUCCCUGGACCAAUGUGCACAUCACGGUACCCAUAUCGCUUGCAAGAGGACAGAAACCCGCUUCACUGCUGGAGUCAUCUGUUCUGAGACUGCAUCAGAUCUGCUGCUUCACUCAGCACUGGUGCAGGAGACUGCCUACAUCGAGGACCGACCCUUGCACAUGCUCUACUGUGCUGCAGAAGAGAACUGCCUGGCCCGCUCAGCCCGCUCAGCCAACUGGCCUUAUGGGCACCGGCGUCUACUCCGAUUCUCCUCCCAGAUUCACAACCUGGGACGAGCUGACUUCAGGCCCAAGGCUGGGCGCCACUCCUGGGUGUGGCACGAGUGUCAUGGGCAUUACCACAGUAUGGACAUUUUCACUCACUAUGAUAUCCUGACUCCCAAUGGCACCAAGGUGGCAGAGGGCCACAAAGCUAGUUUCUGCCUAGAAGACACCGAGUGUCAGGAGGAUGUCUCCAAAAGGUAUGAGUGUGCCAACUUUGGAGAGCAGGGCAUCACCGUGGGUUGCUGGGAUCUCUACCGGCAUGACAUUGACUGUCAGUGGAUUGACAUCACAGAUGUGAAGCCAGGAAACUACAUUCUGCAGGUGGUCAUAAACCCCAAUUUUGAAGUAGCAGAGAGUGACUUCACCAACAAUGCAAUGAAAUGUAAUUGCAAAUAUGACGGACAUCGCAUCUGGGUGCACAACUGUCACAUUGGGGAUGCCUUCGGUGAAGAGGCCAACAAGAGAUUCGAGCGCUACCCUGGCCAGACCAGCAACCAGAUCAUCUAAUAUGCCACCACCCACCUCUGCACACCACCACUGGCCCCUAAUGGCAGGGGUCUGAGGCUGCCAUUACCUCAGGAGCUUACCAAGGAACCCCUGAUGUCAGCAGGCCCCUUACACUCAUCCAAUGUGCACUGUGGAUGUGGAACUGUAAGCCGAUGUUAUUGCCCUCCUUCCUAGGCCAGCUGUCUGGAUCUGAAGCCAAACAUGGGGAAUCCUGGAUCCCAGACCCAGCACCAAGCUGAGCAGGCCACAAAGAGCAGCACCUGAUUAACUGGCCAGAAUGACAGAGAGCAGCUCAUUUUCUUGAAUAGGGAGGUCAGGAUGGUCAGUUCCAGUAUCUCCCCUCAGUUCGGGGGGAUACAGCUUUACCUCUAGCCUUUUUGUGGCAGAAAAGAUCAGCACACCCCCCAUUUUUGACUAUAACAUGUUGCUAAGUAUAAUUUUUAUUUUAUAUAAAAAGUGUUUUUUUGAUUCCUCAGAGCCCAGGGAUUGGUGCUGGUGGUUGGAGGGACCUGCCCCCCCACUGGUUCAUUUAAUCCUCUGUCCAGAUGCCCUCAGAGCCUAGGCCAGGAAAGCAAAGUAGAAAUCAGAGCAGUAGCCUCAUACUCUUCCUGAUCUAUUCAUUCUGUGACUUCAGGGGUCACAUAUAAGGUCAAUGUUUCUGGUCCCCGCCGGACCCGCACUGCCAGCUGGGAUUGGGUUCGAACAGCUUCAUAAAUAUCUUCAGCAUUUUGUACCAGCUGCUCCCCAAUGGCCAAGAUCACAUCACCCGGCCGCAGACCAGCCCUAUUGCAAAAGAUGGACAGAGAAAGGAAAAAGUAGACAGACCAGUUCAAGGACACAUGUGCAUCUCACCUACCCCCACCUCUCAGUGCAGUCUCUCCCUCACCGGUGUGCAGGGGAGUCCAGGAUGACUUUAUGGAUGAGCACGCCAUGCUGAACAUCAGGAAAGCUUGGUUCUCGAAGCUGUAGUUCAGCAAGGAUGCUGAAAGGACACAGGCCACCCUGUUAACCACACCAAAGUGCUCUCCCCAUCUUGGGUUCACCUCAAAUCUCUCAUCAACACACUGACAACUGUAUGGAUAAGGUAUGCACUAGGUACUCCAGAUACAAAGGCAAUUCAUUUCUGCAUUCUAGUAGUUAGGAAGUGGGACAUAUAUAUAAAAGGUACCUAAUUCCAAAUGACAGAUGGUGUUAAAUCAGUAGCACUAAUCUCAUUCUAAAAUCCUAAGAGAAGCUUUUAAAGAGGGAGUAGAACUUAAGCUGAGCCUAGAAGGAUGGGUCUGAUAUUUAACUAUAUGAAAUAAAAACAACUCAAAUAAAAACCUGAGGGUAGGAAAUCA